AUGGGGCUGUCCCGAACCCCCAAAACAGGGUUCCCAGGCUUACACUACAACACACCAGACGUCGAGUCUUCUCCAGACACCCCCACCACCAGCGCCCUACAACGGCCCAAAAUCGAACCACAGCUAGCACGAAACCCCGAGACUAUUCGAAUCACAGACUCUGUGAUGGACGAGAAGCGCGCGCCGAUGCCGCCGCCAAUCCGCCGGGGCGUGAGCCCCCUCCGGGUCAUCCUCGCGACCGGAUACCUCGCCUUCGCGGCCGUCGUCUACCUCUGCUUCAUGCCACGAGCUUCAUUCUCCCACUUGAGUUCGGCGCCGUUUGACGAGGAGCCUAUGCCGACAACACACGAGCUAGUCCCACUGGAGGCGCAUAUUAUGAGCAAGUGCCCAGAUGCGAAGGUGUGCUCUGUCCGCUCCACGUAUCCCAAUCAAACAUCUAACAAGGACCAGGACUGUCUCCGUGAUAUGGUAUUGCCAGCGAUGCAGAAGGCCUAUGAAAAGGUCAACUUUACGCUAUCGUUUAUUGGAACACCGACCGAGCAAGAUGAUGGCGUGAAAUGCAAGCACGGUCCAGAGGAGUGCCUCGGCAACAUCAUCGAACUAUGCGCGCAACGACUCUACCCCGAUCCCAAGACGUUCCUCGGCUUCACAAUGUGCCUGACGCGGGACUAUAAGCAUAUCCCUCAACGUAGCCUGAUCGAGGACUGCGCGCUUGAACAUGCUAUCGACUUCGAAAAACUCAACGAAUGCGCCACCAAAGACGACGGGGCUUUAGGUGUCGGCUGGCGUAACAAAGAGCUGUACAGUCCGACUUAA